ACAGAGAGAGAAACCCACAAACCACAAACCCAUCAUCAUCAUCAUCAUCAUCAUCAUCACACAGAGAGAGAGAGAGAGAGAUGUCUGCCAACACAUCAGCUCAGUCUGCAAAGAUGAAGAAGGACGAAUCUUUCCUCGGGAAAUUAGGAGGAACCCUGGGGAGGAAGAAAAAGUCUAAAGAAGUGAGUGAUCUCCAUGAGGAGGGGAAGAAUGCCAUCAACGCUCCCAUGCUCCCCACAGGGACGGACAUCCAUCCAGAGGACACACUGCUAGAGGAGAACGCUGAGAGGAUCAUGUUGGACCCAACAUCGCGGGAAAAUCUUAAAUUUAAAGAUCUUCUGAAGGUCCUGAUUGACUGGAUCAACAGUGAGUUGGAGGAGGAUAGGAUCAUCGUCAAAGACCUGGCGGAGGACUGUUACGAUGGACAAGUGCUCCAGAAGUUAUUUGAAAAGUUGUCGGGCAGGAAGCUGAACGUGGCCGAGGUGACCCAGUCAGAGAUCGGCCAGAAGCAGAAGCUUCAGACGGUUUUAGAGGCCGUCAACGAGCUGCUGAGGCCUCACGGCUGGACCAUUGAGUGGAGCGUGGACUCUAUCCAUUCAAAGAACCUGGUGGCUAUCGUCUAUCUGCUGGUGGCUCUCGCGAUGCACUUCCUGGCGCCCAUUCGGCUGCCUGAGCAUGUUUCUGUGCAGGUGGUGAUCGUCAAGAAGCGAGAGGGCAUCCUGCAGACUGCUCUUGUGACCAAGGAGCUGACGAGCACCACAGAAAUGAUGAUGGGAAGGUUUGAGCGGGAUGCGUUUGACACUUUGCUGGAUCACGCACCUGACAAGCUCAACGUGGUGAAAACGUCUCUCAUCACCUUUGUGAACAAACACCUGAACAAGCUGAACCUGGAAGUUACUGAGCUGGAAUCUCAGUUUGCUGAUGGCGUGUACCUGAUAUUGCUGAUGGGGCUGCUAGAAGACUACUUUGUCCCUCUGUACAACUUCUUCCUCACCCCCGAGAGCUUCGAACAGAAGGUCCACAACGUGGCGUUUGCCUUUGAGCUGAUGCAGGAUGGAGGCCUGAGGAAACCCAAAGCCAGACCAGAAGAUGUUGUCAACCUGAACCUGAAGUCCACCCUCAGAGUCCUCUACAACCUGUUCACCAACUACAAAAACUCGGACUGAACUUUUCCCAGUUUCACUCCCUGAUAUUAGUUUUGAACGCUGCCCUGUCUGUGCCUGCACUGAUAUUAUGCAUUACAGUCUGGACACUGGAGGAGGAGACCAACUGGGGACUGAAAAGUCGUCAUUAUGUGAGACUUUAAAAAAGACCCACGGGGCUCCGAAUGUUAGUAUUUAAUCUUCCUCCAAAUGUCAGUAUUUAUUUAUUCCUUCCUCGAAUGUUAAACCCAGGAAACCAUGCGACCUUUAGCCUGCAUUUCAAUACAAAGCCAUCACAGGAAACAUGAGCGGAGGACAGAAUGUUAAAACUGGACAUUUGUUGUGUGAUUAUUACUCUCCAGAAUAUUUAAGAAAGUUGAAAAUGCUGUUAUAUUAUAUCUAAAAUUAAUUUGUGUCAAUAUUAAAAGACUAGUUUUUGGGAAAUACGCUUUCUUGCCAAGAGUUUGAUGAGAAGAUUGGUACCACUUUGUAUGCUAAAUAUUAAGCUAACAUUAGAGCCAGCAGCCGGUUAGCUUAUCUUAGCAUAAAGACUGGAAACGGGGGAACUGCUACUCUCGAGAAGAUGACAAAAUCCGCCUACAAACACCUCUAAAGCUUACGCAACACGCUAUAUCCAUAGACUGUUGAAUCACGUUUGUUUGAUCCGUUUAAAAAGAAAAGUGUAGAAACGACGAGUAACUACAGAUUUAUUUAUUUUUUAAGUUUCAUGUUGGACAACAAACUGUGCACCAGAUAGAAAGAUAGAAAGGUUGCUACCUUUACUUUAUACCAGGAAAUGUCAUUGAACCCAUAUACUU